GCCCGGGCGGCCAGUCCGCGCCGAGUCCUCGAGCGACCGCCGGACACGAUGGCGGCCGAGCGGCGCGGGAAGGCUGAAACGCUGGCCCUGCGGCGGCAGCUGCUCAGCGCCUCUUGCAGGCUCUUUUUCCCCGAGGAUCCCAUUAAGAUGGUCCGCGGCCAAGGGCAGUACAUGUACGACGAUCAGGGUGCCCAGUACCUGGACUGUAUCAACAAUGUCGCGCACGUGGGGCACUGCCACCCUCUGGUGGUCCGAGCAGCGCAUGAGCAGAACCAGGCGCUGAACACCAACAGCCGCUACCUGCACGACAGCAUCGUGGACUAUGCGCAGCGCUUGUCCCACACGCUGCCCGAACAGCUCUGUGUCUUCUACUUCCUCAACUCGGGGUCAGAGGCCAAUGAUUUGGCCUUGCGUCUGGCACGCUGCUACACAGGACACUGGGAUGUGGUGGUGUUGGACCACGCCUAUCACGGGCACCUGAGCUCCCUGAUUGACAUCAGCCCCUACAAGUUCCGGGACCUGGAUGGACAGAAAGACUGGGUCCACGUGGCGCCUCUCCCCGACACCUACCGGGGCCUUUUCCGAGAGGACCACCCUGACCCCGCGGGGGCCUACGCUGGCGAGGUGCAGCGCGUGAUCCGCGGCGCGCAGGAGCGGGGCAGGAAGAUCGCUGCCUUCUUCGCGGAGUCGCUGCCCAGCGUGGGCGGCCAGAUCGUGCCCCCGGCCGGCUACUUUCAGGAAGUGGCCAAGCACGUCCGCGAGGCCGGAGGCCUCUUUGUCGCCGACGAAAUCCAGGUGGGCUUUGGGCGCGUGGGUCAGCGCUUCUGGGCCUUCCAGCUGCAGGGGGACGACUUCAUCCCAGACAUUGUCACCAUGGGCAAGCCUAUCGGCAAUGGCCACCCAGUCGCCUGUGUUGCCACCACCCGGGCUGUGGCCAGAGCGUUCGAGGCCACCGGCGUUGAGUACUUUAACACGUUCGGGGGCAGCCCCGUGUCCUGCGCCGUGGGGCUGGCUGUGUUGGACGUAAUGGAGAAGGAACAGCUGCAGGCUCACGCAGCCUGUGUGGGCAGCUUCCUCAUGGAGCUCCUGGCCCAGCUAAAGGCCAAGCACCCCAUCAUCGGGGACGUCAGGGGUGUGGGGCUCUUCGUGGGAGUGGAUCUGAUCAAAGAUGAGGCCACAAGGACGCCGGCCUCCGAGGAGGCUGCCCACCUGGUAUCCAGGCUGCGGGAGCAGCACAUCCUGCUGAGCAGCGAUGGCCCCGGGAGGAACGUGCUCAAGUUCAAGCCACCCAUGUGCUUUAGCAUGGACAAUGCCCGCCAUGUGGUGGCCACACUGGACACCAUCCUGACAGACAUGGAGGCCAAGGUGAGGAGCUGUGAGACGCUGCGGCGGCCCUGCACCAGCCCUGCCAGCUGAGAUUCCACCCCAGCUGUUGGACCCAUCCAGGAUCUCGCCCACUGGCUGCUACGCCCUGCCAGGUCACAUGCUCCACGGCCACCCCAGAUCCAGGUGCCCAGGAGUCCUGCCCCAUGGUCCACAGACGACCUGAGACGCCACCUACCUAGGACAUGCCCAGGACCUGCAAUGCCAACCCCUCGGUCUCAGUUGCACCAUGGAGAACAACGCUCCAGCCUGCCCACACCAGCACAGCCUUCCCAGAAAGCAGUUGGCAUUUCUAGAAC